AUGGCAACCUCCGAGCCCCCUUCUUUCCCCUUCAACCGCGCCUCCGGCCUAGAGCCGCCAGCAGAAUACACCCGCCUCCGCGCCUCAGACCCCGUGUCCCGCGUCAAGCUCUUUGACGGCUCACUGGCAUGGCUGGUGACCAAGUACAAGGACGUCUGCGCCGUGGCCACGGAUACCCGAUUGUCCAAGGAACGCACGAGGCCCGGUUUCCCAGAGCUCAGCGCCGGCGGCAAAGCAGCCGCCAAGAACAAGCCCACCUUCGUCGACAUGGAUCCUCCCGCGCACAUGCGCCAGCGGUCCAUGGUUGAACCUCUCUUCGUUGCCGAGCAUGUGGAGACGAUGAAGCCGUACAUCCAGAGGACCGUAGAUCAGCUGCUUGAUCAGAUGGUAGCUAAGGGAUGCGAGGAGCCAGUCGAUCUCAUUGAUAACUUUGCCUUACCGGUGCCUUCAUAUAUCAUCUACACCAUCCUCGGAGUCCCGUUUGAAGACCUCGAGUACCUCACCCAGCAAAACGCGAUCCGCACAAACGGCAGUGGCACCGCUCUCCAAGCUCAAGCUGCCAACCAGGAACUGCUCGACUACCUCGCCAACCUCGUCGACAAGCGUUCUGAACAGCCCAAGGACGACCUCAUCAGCAAGCUCGUCGUCGAGCAGCUCAGGCCUGGCCACAUUGAAAAGUCCGAUGCUGUGCAGAUUGCUUUCUUGCUGUUGGUAGCAGGCAACGCCACGAUGGUGAACAUGAUUGCGCUCGGCGUGAUCGAACUCCUCCGCAACCCGACACAACUCGCCGAUCUUGAGUCAGACCCCUCCCUCUCGAAGGCGUUUGUCGAAGAGCUCUGCAGGUAUCACACCGGCUCGUCGAUGGCGAUGAAGAGAGUGGCAAAAGAGGACAUUGUCCUCGGCGGCCAGACCAUCAAAGCAGGCGAAGGCAUCAUCGCCGCCAACGCCUCCGGCAACCGCGACGAAGACGUCUUCCCGGACCCGGACGUCUUCAACAUGCACCGCACCCCGGAUCCCAACCAUGCUCUGGGGUUCGGCUUCGGCCCGCACCGGUGCAUUGCCGAACCUCUGGCACGCGCCGAGAUGGAGGUCGUCUUUGCCACCCUCUUCCACAAGCUGCCCAACCUUAAGAUCGCCGUUCCAAUCUCCGAGCUGGAGUUCACACCCCUUCACAAGGACGUCGGCGCGGUGAAGCUCCCAGUGACAUGGUAA